GUUAUUGAUUUUCAGUUCAGAAGCAACUUUCAUUCAGUGAAUACAAUCAAGCGAUUGUAAAUAAAACAUAAAUUAGUCAUUAUUAUUUUAGUAUAGUAUUAUUAAGACAGUUUAAGAUGGCAACAGCAAGUGGUAGCAGUAAAGGUUCGCCAGAAGAGCGCCGUAUUUGGAUUGGAAAUUUAGACCCAAGAUUGUCCGAGUAUCAACUCCUUAAAAUCGUGCAAAAAUGCGGUCCAAUUGAAAAGUUCGACAUGCUCUUCCAUAAAAGUGGCCCUUUGGUAGGGCAAUCGCGUGGUUAUGCAUUUGUAACGUUUUUAACAACUGAUGGUGCUAGAAUUGCUUUACGGAAACUAAAUGGUACACCAGUUGUGAAUCGUCCAAUCGCUGUGCGCUUGGCCAAAAAUGUUAAUUAUGAUGAAUUAGAAAAACCAAAACCGCGCAUUGAAAUACCUGCAUUAGGCACCACCAAACGAGAGGGUAAAAUCAGCACAGAAGAAGCUAUACGUGCAAUUGAGGCCAAACUUAAAUUUUUAGAGAAAAACACAGAUUUAGAAAUGGAAAUUAAUACAAUAGCUGGUAGCACAAAUGGUGUGCCACCUGUACCAUUUAUACAGCGAUAUCAAUUUAAUAAAGAUCGUGAUGCCAACAACAGCCAUCAACGCUCCGGACGUCUACAUACAAAAUCAAAUUCCGGUCCAUAUAAUCGUAAUCAUAGACCCAGACGUAGAUAGACUCUCAGAGUAUACUUGCAA